AGAGACAAAGAAAGUGAAAUGCUAAGAAAAUGGCACUUUCGUAUUCUUCAAACAAACUUCUCCUUUCACUCUUCUGCUUCAUAUCCACGGUCGGAUUCAAUCUCAAAGCUGUCAUCGCCAAUUCGAACACGGCCAAUCCUUCCGCAACCUGCAAUUCGAAACGCAGAGCCAUUCUUCCUCCACCAUAUUCUGAUCUCUCCAGCCUCUCUUGCUCCCUCAUUUGGAAUCAGAAAUUUUCCUUCAGUUUUUACCAGGACGGUCAGAACGUGACGACGAUCGUUUUAUCAGGGAAGCAUAAUCACAGAUGGAUUGGAGUUGGAUUCUCCCGAAAUGGGAGUAUGGUGGGAUCGAGCGCUGUGGUGGCGUGGGUGGAACCAAAUGGCGUCUCUGGAAUAAGGCAAUACUAUUUAGAAGACAAAAUCAUGUCUAAAGUCAUACCUAACAAAGGCAAUUUGAAAUUCACCACUGCAAGACCUGUAGUCGUUGUUCAUGGAGAUCUUCUCUACAUGGCUUUCCAGCUCCAAUUCACCGCUUCCCUGGCUUUCCAACCCAUUUUAUUGGCAACCGGCUCUGGAAAUCCCUACCAAAAUGGCUCCCUCCCGAAACAUACCAACAGCACUACCACCUUCAUCGAGUUCUCCACAGCUCAUCAUCUAACAGCCCAACCAAUGAGCCCGGACGAUCUAAGAAAAUACCAUGGAGUGACGGCGAUAAUCGGAUGGGGCGUUGUGACGCCGGCCGGAUUGUUAGUCGCUAGAUACUUUCGACACUUGGAACCGUCGUGGUAUUACAUUCAUUCUUCGGUACAGUUCGUCGGAUUCUUCGUCGGAAUCAUCUCUAUCUCUUUGGGACGCAAUUUGUACCAGAAAGUCGGCGCCAUCUUCAUAGCACACAAGUUCUUGGGAUACACUGUGUUUUUCCUUGCAGGUCUCGAGGUAUGUCAGUUCGUUGGAAGGCCAUCAAGUGACUCUAAACGCCGGCAGUAUUGGAACUUUGCUCACUACUGGGUGGGGAGAAUUGCAAUGGUAUUGGGAGUCUUGAACAUUUUCUUCGGAUUCUAUGGAGUCGUCGCCCAUGAUCGGGCCAUGAGGAUAGGAUUUGGAAUAUCGUUUGUAACUCUGUUGACGGCAACGAUCUUGCUCGAAGCUCGAAGGCGGAGAGAAGACUCGAUACCAGAAGCCAUGAUUGAUCAACCGCCGGUGUUUCAAGUGAUCGAUAAAACGUCGACGACUGGACAUAGAUAGAGCUCUUUUAUACGAUGCUUAUGGCGUUUCUUGAAGGUGAAUAACAAAGAUGGAUUUUGGAUAAUAUAUACUUUGUAGUUCGUGUAUAUAUAAAAUGUGAAGCUCGACUUUGGUUGUAAAAUAUGUGUGAAUUCAACAUAGCUCAGCCAACAAUUUUAGAGAGUUUAAUUUACAAAUUUUGUAAUGUUUCUAUUCA